AUGGUGGAUCCGGAUUACAAUGCGACUGUUCCCACCAACGUCGUGCUGCAUACCAUGGUCGGCAACCUGUCGUCGGGCAGCACCGCGGGUCACCCAGCAGCACUCACGACCCUGACGUCUGCGGAUGAGGCUCUUGCCGCCUAUAUUGGUCCCCAGCCUCCACCAGGCAAGCCCAGCCACAACUACACGCUCAUGCUCUUCGAGCAACCCCACAACUUCAGCAUCCCGCCCGCCUUCCAAUCAUUCUUGCCAUUGAAUCUCAGCAAUGUCUACACCAGAGUCAACUUCCCACUGGUCGACUUCGUCCGGCAGACUGGCCUUGGCUCUCCUGUUGCUGCCACCUAUUUCCGUUUGGACCUCAAUGCUACUACGACGCCAUCACCGACCAACACCACCGUCUCCCCAUCUGUGAGCCCCGUGAGCCCCACCUCGCGCGCUUCAGGGCUUUGCAUGUCACACUGGAAGAUCAUUAUACCCGGCGUUCUGUGCGCCGCUGUUUGGUUGAUUUAA